GUCUCGUGGCGGCCCUUCCUUUUCCGGAUCCCCACCCACGACAAGUCUCUCUCUCUCUCUCUGGAUCCCCUUCGUUCCUUCCCCAUCGCUCGCGCUCGCACAUCAGUGACGCUCGCUCGAAAGCUUUUCGCACGCCUCUGCAAGUAGAUCAAGAAACAUGUUGCUCUUUGAUGAUUGCGGCAGAAAGCUGUUUGGUCGUUUCAUCUUUCCGAUUCAUUAAGUUAUUCUGAUCGGACGAUCUCCAUCUCCACCUUCCUUUCUUGUUUCUUAGAUUUCUGCUGUGGCCAUCUGUAUCUCCGCAAUGAGUUUAGCUUGUCUUGUGUGCCAUAGCAUGGAUAGUCCAUCACGAUCCUUUAGGAGUUACUCUGUCUCAAGUUCAGAAGAUGAGGGCCGAUGUGCUGCAGUUACCUGCUUAAUUCGGAAGGUCACCGUCGCCACUGGGACGGCUAAUGCCAUUUCAACAUCCAAAGUGACACCAUUCCCCUUGAUGGCAACGGGUCAAGGAAUGGCAGGAACUCCACGCCUCCUCCGAAGCCGAGCUGUGAGUAGGGACCUAGUUAGAGACUGGAAUUUUGAUCAACUUCAUGUGGAGGGCUAGAGGUGUAGAAGGGCUUAUCAGUAUUCCUUGAGAGGGAUAGAUUGUUAGUUUGGCCACUGUUGUAUAUUUCAUGUUGGACAUAUCUAAGUCCUGCUACGUUGCUUUUCUUACACUGGUUUCUUGUUCUAUAUGAUGACUUGGUGCAGGUAUUAAUCAAAUAAUGUAUGCUAAUCUGUUCAAUA